ACUUUACGCAGGUAUCUGGGCGUGGUUUAGGUGUGUGAGGAAGACCACAAAUUGUUUGUAGCAGUAUCAAACGGCGACCAAACAAUCUGACAAAGAGAAUUGAUUGAUUUGUCUACUGUAUUUGUCUUUGGAGUUCAUUUUGAGGACGGACACCUGAGCACUCCGAGGGGAACGCUGUACCGGGGGUGGAACAGGAAGGUGUCGCCUAAUCUGAGUAGAUCUUCCCCGGGAGCUGCUUCAAAAUGCACUCCGCCAGAUACGAGUACAAUGAUCGGAAUGGCCAGCAUGAGCAGAUCGACUUCCUAACCAAUAAACAGAAGACUCGAUCAAGGAAUAAGACAGCCAUCGCCAUCGGCAUCCUGGUGGCUGUUCUCAUUGUGGCAGCGGUAGCAGCAUUUCUUAUUUGGCUUUUUGUCUUUAAAGAUGACAAAGAUCCGACGCUAAGCUCUCAACGCCAAGCAUCAGUCCAAGUGUUCAGUGGUCACAUGAAGCUAACAGACCAACCUUACGAUCAGAAGUUAGAAGACACCUCUAGUCCACAGUUCACUGAUAUGGCUCGUGUGCUGGAGGCUCAACUGAAGUCCUAUUACGAUGAAGAUGAACUCCUACAGAAAUAUUACACCAAGACGGUGGUUACAGCUUUCAGUGAGGGUGUGAUCGCCUACUACUGGUCUCAGUUUGACAUCCCCCCAGAUAACCUGGAGGUGGUUCCAGAGUUCUCAGAGGAGCGUGUCCUGGAGGUAUUGGAGGCUGGAAUUCAAAAGGCUCGUAGUUUACAGCCCACGGCUAUCAACAUACAUGAAAUCACUGCAUCAUUCACAGAUCCACGUAUGGCCAGGAACCCCAGUGCCAGAGAGUGUUUCUUCACGUUGGAGGCCUCAGAAGAUCAACAGUCCUUCACCUCUCCUGGUUUUCCCGAUGCUUAUCCAGCCAAAUCCAGGUGUCAGUGGCAGAUUCGAGCCUCUGAGGAGAAUGUCAUCUCUGUCGAUUUUCCCCUUUUCCACAUUGAAGAUGACUGUACUGACGACUUUGUGUCCAUCUACGACUCGCUAAGUCCGGAUGACUCUCAGACGAUCACAGAGAAGUGUGGUCAGCGACCUCCGACCAACCCACUGGAGGUGGUGUCAUCGGGGAACAUUAUGUUAAUUAACUUCAUCACUGACGGAGACAUCCAGAAACCAGGCUUUAAGGCUGUCUAUAAAGCUCUACCCAAGGCUUCUGUUCAGAGAUGUGGCGGUGUCCUCACUGAUAGCAAGGGAGUGAUCACCUCUCCACAGCACCCCAGCUUCUACCCCCCUGCCACUGACUGCAAAUGGACCAUCAAGGUUCCCUCUGGGCAAAAAGUGCGUCUGAAAUUCACUAUGUUCCGCAUGAAGGAGCCUGGUGUGGACGUCCGUGUGUGCCACAAAGACUAUGUGCAGGCCAUGGAUGUAAAGUAUUGUGGUGAGAUGUCUUCCCUGUCACUAACCAGUUCCACCAAUGAGCUCGAAGUUCUGUUUCAUUCUGAUGAGUCGUUUACUGACAAAGGCUUUAGUGCCGAGUAUAGCGCCUAUGAUCCCAAUAACCCUUGUCCCAAUGAGUUUGCCUGCCUCUCUGGUCUGUGCAUUUCCAAGGAACUGAAGUGCGACGGCUGGAACGACUGCGGUGACAUGAGUGACGAGAUCAAAUGCAGUUGUGACAAGGACCAAUUUUCCUGUGCCAAUGGCUUAUGCAAACCAAAACUCUGGAUUUGUGAUCGAGUCAAUGACUGUGGAGAUGGCAGUGAUGAGAAAGCCUGCAGCUGUGAGAACAACGAGUGGCGCUGUGGGAAUGGGAUGUGUAUGCCUCAGGACGUUGUCUGUAACGGUAGACAAGACUGCGAGGAUGGAAGUGAUGAAGCCUCCUGUAAAACAUCUCCUGGUAUCUGCUCCGAAUUCAGCUUCAAGUGUGACAAUGGGGAAUGUGUCAACAAGGUCAACGCUGAGUGCGACCGCAUAGACGACUGUUCUGAUAAAUCGGACGAGGCCCAUUGUGACUGCGGGACCAGACCAUAUAAGCUGAACCGCAUCGUUGGAGGGCAGAAUGCAGAGCUGGGCGAAUGGCCGUGGCAGGUCAGCCUUCACUUCUUGACCUCCGGACACGUGUGCGGAGCCUCCAUCCUGUCCCCCAAGUGGCUUCUCUCAGCCUCACACUGCUUCAUUACCAACAGCCAAGAAAACCGCAUUCCCUCAAACUGGCAGAGCUACAGUGGCAUGCAGGACCAGUACAAGCACGAGGAUGUACAACGCCGCUCCAUUCGUCGGAUCAUCACACACCCGGAUUACAACCAGAUGACCUUUGACUAUGACAUCGCCCUGCUGGAGCUGAGCGAGCCGCUGGAGUUCACGAACAGCAUCCAGCCCAUCUGCUUACCCUCGUCCUCCCACGUCUUCACUGCAGGCAUGUCCUGCUGGGUCACGGGCUGGGGCGCCAUGCGAGAAGGAGGUCGGGCGGCGCAGUUGCUUCAAAAAGCCUCGGUGAAAAUCAUCAAUGACAGUGUUUGUAACACGGUGACAGAGGGACAGGUCACAUCCAGAAUGAUGUGCAGCGGCUUCUUGUCUGGAGGAGUUGAUGCAUGCCAGGGAGACUCCGGUGGACCCCUGACGUGUUUUGAGGAAAGUGGGAAGUGGUUUCAGGCUGGGAUCGUGAGCUGGGGCGAAGGCUGUGCACGACGCAAUAAGCCAGGUGUCUACUCGCGUGUCACCAAGCUGCGGGACUGGAUCAAGAAAGAGACCGGUAUCUGAAAUGGACGUAGUGCUGAGAGCUGCCUCAUAGUGCCAAGGCAUGGAUACGGAGAUGAACAUUUGGUUGAAGUCUCUCCAAGAUCUAUUUCCUCAGUAGCAGAUGUGCACUCAGGGAUUUGUUGAAUGGACCUGUUUUUCAGCCUCUGACCCACACGAUCACAACACUCGCCUACAUUUUGUUUUGUAAAUCCAUCUUGUGUUUUAGUGUUAUGGUAAACAUUUGCAACGGAGUAGACAUUUUAACACUUUAACUGGUUUAAACAAAUUACCUUCUUGAAAUAGCUGGUAUAAAUGUUGCAUUUUGCCAGUUUUAUCUUGAAUCUAUAGUGUAUUUUUUAACAGUGAACCUAAUUUUAUUCCCCUCUUUAAGCAAAGCGUCAAUACUGCUAGCUACAACAUGAAUCAGAGCCUUGGUUUUUAUACUAAUUAAAGCUUUUUAUUUUGUUAAAUGUCAGGACUAUUUUUCUUUUUAAAAAAGCCCGUAAAUUUUAAUUGAAUUCAUUAAAUACUUCAAAUGAGAAUGAAUCCACUCAAAAGGCAAUGGUUAUAUUUGGAAGGUGGCCAGUAUUUAAGACUCUGUGGUCUCUCAAAAGUGCUGAUGUUGAAAUUGUGUACUUUGGACAGCACUCUUAAAGCAUUUUACACAUCCGCUGCAGCCUUGCUUGGUUUGUGGAGGAUAUGACAUUUAAAUAGAAAUUGGGAGCAGAGAGUUCAAAGAGGAUUAGUUCAGUUUGCAGGUGACUGGUUAAAGUUUGAUCAUGGUUCUUGGUCACAAGCACCUGAAAGCAAAAACCAAUCACUGAAGGUUAUUCUUGUAACAAUUUUAAGUUUUUAACCCUUUUAAAUAAAUACCAAAGAUUUGUCAUAUAUUAUUUAUUGAGGGGCAAAGAAAGUCUCAACUUACUAUACAGACCACAUGUAAAUGUGUACAUUCAAACAGAAUUGUUGAUGUAUAUUGAGUGAUUUGGUUUCAUGGGCUUUUUUUACGUGUCACAAUGCAAUAUAUUUUAUAUAAUCUGCUAUAGCAGGAAUAAUAAAUAUCCUUUAUUUGAUUCCCAACAGUCUAAUUGCAUUAUCUGUGUUAUUUGUCUGGGUGUCAUUUUGCAUCUUGUUGUGCAUAAUAAAUGUGUGUGUUAUGAGA